CCUAUCGUUGCCCCUACCCAAUUCUGGGUGCGAUGAACAAAUGUACAGCCUGAGGUCCGGAGCCCGCGCCAUGCUAUUAUCCCCCCUUCGCCUCUCUCAACUCCUCCUCGUCCCCAAAAUCUCCCUCUCCUCCUCCAUCCCACUUUCAUUUCCUUCCCAAAAUACCCCUGCCGGUCACUCCCCCUUCUCAAACUCUUCUCUCCCCUCCACCUCAACACCAAGGCGUCAGUCGCUCGUAUUCUCUAUCUCCUCUCCGUCUCGAGGCGUCGCUUCGAUGGCUGACGAGACCGUGACGUACCUCUCGCAGAAAGAGGCGGCGGAGAUCGACGAGAUCCUCAUGGGUCCGCUUGGAUUCAGCGUCGAUCAGUUGAUGGAAUUGGCGGGAUUGAGCGUGGCCACGGCUAUCGCUGAGGUUUAUAAACCAAGCGAAUAUAGUCGCAUUCUUGUUAUUUGUGGUCCAGGAAAUAAUGGUGGUGAUGGCCUGGUAGCUGCUCGUCACCUACGCCACUUUGGAUAUGAACCGUAUAUCUGUUAUCCAAAGAGAACAGCAAAACUUCUAUAUACUGGCUUGGUUACUCAGUUGGAAUCGCUGGCAAUUCCAUUCUUAUCUGUUGAUGAGCUGCCUAAGAACUUUUCAGAUGAUUUUGAUCUCAUUGUGGAUGCAAUAUUUGGGUUCUCAUUUCAUGGUAGUCCAAGGCCACCUUUUGAUGAUCUUAUCCAAAGGCUUGUUUCUUUGCAUUGUAUUGACAAUGUACAUAAAAGAAAGCCUGCAAUUGUUUCUGUUGAUAUUCCAUCAGGCUGGCAUGUUGAAGGAGGAGAUGUUGAUGGUGAUGGGAUUAAACCUGACAUGCUGGUAUCGUUGACUGCUCCAAAGCUCUGUGCAAAGAAUUUUCAUGGCCCACACCACUUUCUAGGAGGUAGAUUUGUCCCCCCUGCCAUUAGAGAUAAGUUUGGACUUAAGCUUCCUCCAUAUCCUGGCACUUCCAUGUGCGUGAGAAUUGGGAAACCCCUCUCAGUAGACAUCUCAUCUCUGAGAGAGAACUAUGUUUCUCCUGAACUUCGUGAAGAUCAAGUGAAGGCUGAUCCUAUAGAUCAGUUUCAGAAGUGGUUUGAUGAAGCAGUUGCUGCCGGUUUGCGUGAGCCAAAUGCUAUGGCCUUGUCAACUUGUGGAAAAGAUGGAAAACCUACAUCACGAAUAGUUCUACUAAAAGGGGUGGACAAAGAAGGCUUUGUUUGGUAUACCAAUUAUGGAAGCCGAAAGGGUCGAGAUUUGUCUGAGAAUCCUCAUGCAUCACUUCUUUUCCAUUGGAAUCAUCUUAAUCGCCAGGUGAGAGUAGAAGGAACUGUUCAGAAGGUCUCUGAUGAGGAAUCUGAGAAAUAUUUCCAUAGUCGCCCUCGUGGAAGUCAGCUUGGUGCAAUCGUCAGUAAACAGAGUACUACUGUUGCUGGAAGGCAUGUGCUUCACGAAGCCUACAUGGAACUGGAAAGGAAAUAUUCUGAUGGAAGUUUGAUCCCCAAGCCAGAGUACUGGGGUGGAUAUAGACUGAGGCCAAACCUUCUUGAAUUUUGGCAAGGACAACAAUCUCGUCUUCAUGACAGGCUACAGUACUCUUUGAGAGAGAUCAACGGAAGCCGCGUGUGGCAAAUAGAAAGGCUGGCCCCAUGACUAGUGCCCCUCUUAUCUUCCCUCAAAUUUUCACAAUCGAAGCUCUGAGGCUGGCUGCUUUCAGUUGAAGUGUUGUUGUAAUAAAGGAUGCCGAGAACAUAGUCCCAAUUUCUAUCUGGGUCGAGUAGCUGAGGGAGGACGAAUCACUCUUUGUGCGACUAGUGUGGAAAUAACUCUUGACAUUUUAAGUAAUGUGACUCGUCCUUGCUUUUUCCAGUAGUUGUAUUUGUUUGAACAGCAUAUGACACGCAUACAUGCUGUGAGAUAGAGCAGAUUGACCGGAAGACAAUAAUUAUACUGGCCUCAUCCUUGGAAAAUAUAGUCACUUGGUUUGGUGAUGUUCCUUUUUA